AUGAAGUUCGCUCACACUGCCAUUUUCGCCCUCGCUUGCACUGCUUUCGCCGCCCAGAGCAACUCUCAUACCCAGGUUGUCAAACUCGAUGGCAUUGAGGGUUCCAUUCAGAACUCUCGCCAAGUCAUGGACAGUUUGACCCACGCUUUGAAGAGUCACGACGGUCAUGCUGUCGCUGAUGUCUUGGUUUCAUUCAUUACUGGUGCCGACUCUCAGAUCGACAAUGCCGUUGCAACCAUCUCAAAUGCGUUGUCUCCCCUUACCUUUGGUUUGUCCAAGGCAGUUGGCAAUUUCUUACUCGGCCCCUUCGUACAGGCCGUUACCAACGGUGCCGAGGUCAUGCUUGCCAAUCUCGUUGCUAUGCCUUUCGAUGGCGUUAAUGACGCUGUGAUCAACAGUGUUAAGAAUUAUCAGAAGAGUGUCUCUCGCCUGUCCAACUUGGCCAGCAAGCAUCAGGUCGAAAGUGUCACUCACCUCCACUCCCUUGAUACCAAGCUUACCUCUUUCCUUAGCUCUGCCCAGCAGCACAGCAAACCUCUUGAGAGAAAGCCUCACCACUGA